AUGGCUGCGGAGGAGGUGCUGCAGGGCGCAGACCACUACAAGAGCGAGAUCGAGCGGCUGACCAGGGAGCUCUCCGAGACGACCCACGAGAAGAUCCAGGCGGCGGAGUAUGGGCUGGUGGUGCUGGAGGAGAAGCUCACCCUCAAGCAGCAGUACGAUGAGCUGGAGGCGGAGUAUGACGGCCUCAAGCAGGAGCUGGAGCAGCUGAAGGAGGCUUUUGGACAGUCCUUCUCUGUGCACCGCAAAGUGGCCGAAGAUGGGGAAACGCGGGAGGAGACUCUUCUCCAGGAGUCUGCAUCCAAGGAAGCCUAUUACCUUGGCAAGAUUUUGGAGAUGCAGAAUGAGCUCAAGCAGAGCAGGGCUGUGGUCACCAACGUUCAGGCAGAGAAUGAGAGGCUCACUGCUAUUGUCCAGGACUUGAAAGAGAAUAAUGAAAUGGUGGAACUGCAGAGGAUACGGAUGAAAGAUGAGAUUCGAGAGUACAAGUUUCGAGAGGCUAGACUGCUGCAGGACUACACUGAGCUGGAAGAAGAAAACAUCACUUUACAGAAACUGGUGUCCACAUUGAAACAGAACCAAGUUGAAUAUGAAGGCUUAAAGCAUGAAAUUAAACGAUUUGAGGAGGAGACAGUGUUGCUUAAUAGCCAGCUAGAAGAUGCCAUCCGGCUGAAGGAGAUUGCUGAGCAUCAGCUGGAGGAAGCUCUGGAAACGUUAAAAAAUGAAAGAGAGCAAAAGAACAAUCUGAGAAAGGAACUGUCCCAGUAUAUCAACCUCAAUGAUAGUAUGUAUAAUAACCAUAUUAAUAUAUCAGUAGAUGGGUUGAAGUUUUCAGAGGACGGGGGUGAGCCCAACAAUGAUGACAAAAUGAACGGACACAUCCACGGGCCUCUUGUGAAGCUCAAUGGCGACUACAGAACUCCCACGAGUAGGAAAGGAGAAUCUCUGCACCCCGUCUCUGACCUCUUCAGUGAGCUCAACAUAUCAGAGAUACAGAAACUGAAGCAGCAGCUCAUGCAGGUGGAGCGAGAGAAGGCCAUUCUCCUGGCCAACCUGCAGGAGUCUCAGACACAGCUGGAGCACACCAAGGGAGCCCUGACAGAGCAGCACGAACGCGUGCACAGGCUCACGGAGCACGUCAAUGCCAUGAGGGGCCUGCAGAGCAACAAGGAGCUGAAAGUUGAGCUUGACUGUGAGAAGGGCCGAGAUUCCGGCGAGGAAGCACACGACUAUGAAGUGGACAUCAAUGGCUUGGAGAUCCUGGAAUGUAAAUACAAGGUAGCUGUUACUGAGGUGAUAGACCUUAAAGCAGAAAUCAAAGCCUUAAAGGAGAAAUAUAAUAAGUAUGUGGAAAACUACACCGAAGAGAAGGCCAAGUAUGAGAGCAGAAUCCAGACGUAUGAUGAGCAGGUGACAAGCCUGGAGAAAUCGACCAAGGAAAGCCAUGAAAAAAUGGUCCACAUGGAAAAGGAGUUACAAAGGAUGACAAGCAUAGCAAACGAAAACCACAACACCCUUAACACUGCCCAGGAUGAGCUGGUGACUUUCAGUGAGGAGCUGGCUCAGCUGUACCACCACGUCUGCCUGUGCAACAACGAGACGCCGAACCGGGUCAUGUUGGACUAUUACAGGCAGAGCAGAGUCACUCGCAGCGGGAGCCUGAAGGGGCCGGACGACCCUCGAGGUCUCCUUUCCCCACGACUUGCCAGGCGGGGGGUGGCAUCGCCCGUAGAAGCCAGGACCCCGACCGAGCAGGCGACGAAAGAGACCGCAGAGCCCGGCAAGGAACAGAGCCCGACAAAAACACCUUCCAUUUCUCCUGUCAUCACAGCCCCUCCUUCCUCCCCCGUCUCUGACACCAGUGACAUCCGCAAAGAGCCUAUGAACAUCUACAACCUCAAUGCCAUAAUAAGGGACCAAAUCAAGCACUUGCAGAAGGCUGUGGACCGGUCGCUGCAGCUGUCGCGCCAGCGGGCCGCGGCCCGCGAGCUGGCGCCCAUGAUCGACAAAGACAAGGAGGCCUUAAUGGAGGAGAUCCUGAAGCUGAAGUCGCUCCUGAGUACGAAGCGAGAGCAGAUCGCGACCUUGAGAGCCGUGCUGAAAGCCAACAAGCAGACAGCUGAAGUGGCACUGGCCAAUUUGAAGAACAAAUACGAAAAUGAAAAAGCAAUGGUGACUGAGACCAUGACCAAACUACGGAAUGAACUAAAGGCUCUGAAGGAAGAUGCAGCAACCUUCUCAUCCUUGAGAGCAAUGUUUGCAACCAGGUGUGAUGAGUACGUCACACAGCUGGACGAGAUGCAGAGGCAGCUGGCGGCUGCGGAGGAUGAGAAGAAGACCCUGAACUCUCUGCUGCGCAUGGCUAUCCAGCAAAAACUUGCCCUGACCCAGCGCCUGGAGGAUUUAGAGUUCGACCACGAGCAAUCCCGACGCAGCAAAGGCAAGCUGGGAAAGAGCAAGAUCGGCAGCCCUAAAGUAAGUGAGGAGGCAUCAGCCACCGUGCCAAGCAUAGACACUUUCCUCCUGCAUAGUCAGGGCCCACAGCAGCCAAACUUACUGGUCAGCAGUGGCACUCAGAGGAAAAGACUAUUCUCACCUUCCCUUUGUGAUCAGAGCCAUCCCAGGACUUCAGGGACCUACCUCCAGAAAUUAUUAAGAGCCCCCCCUCAUCCCGCCUCCACAGAAUCAUAUCUUCUGAGGGGCCCCCCUUCCAUGAGUGAAUUCAUCCAUGGGCACCGUCUCAGCAAGGAAAAAAGGUUAACCGUGGCCAUACCAGUCCUAAUGCUCUUCCAGAAGAGCAGCCACAUUCCAGCUCUCAGUGUGCCCCUCUCAACUGUCUCUCUAAGCCUCCUCCUUACCCCUAAUCUUCAUAUGCAACGUAAGAGAAAAUGCAAACAGAGUGGAGCUCAUGCAACAAAGGUUGGGGUUGUUCCCAGCAAGCGGGCAGACAAUCCUGCCUUGUAGCUGCAUUGGCAAGUCUGGAUUCAUAUCCCCUGCUCUGGCAACUGAGGGAAGGUUGAGAAGAAGAACACAAAGCACAGAGCCCAACCUAUCAAGAAGACUUUUUAUGGUUCCUCUGAUUGUACUGAAAUUGUGCUAUCACAACUGAAGUUUAGUGAAAUUUAAAAUAUCAACAAAAAUAUUCCUCCCAGAUGCUUGGCUUUGCCUCUGAAAGGAAAAGAGACUUAAGCCAAUGUUAAAAAAAAAAAAAAAGUUACAAAAAUUGUAC